AUGCCUCUUCUGGCAGCUCUGCGAUGCUCCCGACAGGCUCCGCUGCGCCUCUCACCAGCGCAAUGCCUGUUCAGGCCAGCCUCGGCCGCUCGAUUCUACUCUGCAGAUGCUGAUGCACCUCCGCCGCUGCUGCAGAAGCUCAAGGGCGAGCUCAAGGCCGCCAUGCGGGCCAAAGACGCCCCGCGGCUGUCCGUGCUGCGGUCCAUCAUGUCCGCAAACCUCAACGCCUCCAAGACCAGCUCGCCGAUCCGCACCGACGUCCAGCUCGUCGCCCUGAUCCGCAAGCUGCAGAAGAGCGCGCAGGACGCCGUUGCGGAUGCCAAGGCGGCCGGCAGGGACGACCUGGUGGACAAGGAGAACCAGCAGAUUGCCAUUCUGGACGAGUACGUUGCGGGAAGCGGCGUGCAGAGCCUGGGAGAGGCCGAGAUCAAGGCGCUGAUCAACGAGGCCGUGGAGGCUGCCAAGGGCGCGGGUGCAGCGGGCAAGUCGCUCAUGGGGGACGUGAUGAAGCGAGUCAAUGCUGCUCUGGAGGGGAAAGACGUGGACAAGAAGUCGGUUGCGGCACUGGUCAAGGAGUUGACAAGC